AAAUCAGUCUCUGCUCGAAUCAUCACCGAUUUUCUACUCGCUCGACAACGAUCUCUCGCAGCUACAAUGGAUCAAAUCCCACCAUACGAGUUCAACAAGUACGUGCUCUACGUCCGUGGUGCCGUCAUCGUCUGUGCUUCAUUUGAGCUCCUGUUGGUCCUAUUCGGUUCCCUCGAAGAUUGCAACUUCCUUGCUAAGCUCUUCUACUUCAUCUUCCUUGGCGGAGCAGUUGCCAUCUCAGCUCACAACAUUGGUCUCAACGUGGAUGGUCGCGAGGAGCUCAACAAGGUUCUUUCAUCGUCAGAGAAUGAAGUUCGUGGAAAGUCUGCUGCCUUGAUUCUGGUGCCAGCGCUCUCCGGUGUCCUCGUCUUCUUAUGUGUCUCUGGACAUGCAUUCUUCUCGCUUUUCGUGCUCAUCCAUGUGCUCGCCGCCGUUGGACAACUCGGAAUUGAGGUUUAUGAGUUGAAGAAGGGACAAUCUGGAGGUUCUGCACGAGGUGCUGCACCGUCAGCACAGGAUCCAGCUGCUGCUCCACCAGCCCAAUAGACGAAGAAAAUAAAUCUGAUAUAAAUGGAAUAAAUUGGAGUUUUUAUUAUUAUU